AUAUCAGUAAAGGCUAAAGGUGGAUUGUUGUCUCCAUAGUUCUUUCUGGGAGGAUGGCGGAGGACUCUGUAGUUCGUUUUAUCAAGGAGGAUUUGCCUAAAUGUGCAUUUCCCAUGUUUGAAGAUAUUCGAAGACAGGGGAAACUCUGUGAUGUUACACUGAAGGUUGGAGACAGGAAGUUCACAGCACAUCGGAUUGUCUUGGCUGCGAGUAUCCCAUAUUUCCAUGCCAUGUUUACACAUGACAUGGUAGAAUCAAAACAGAAUGAAAUUACAAUGCAAGGCAUCGAUCCCAGUGCUCUUGAGGCUUUGGUGAAUUUCGCUUACAAUGGCAGUGUAGAGAUUGACUCAAACAAUGUCCAGUCUCUGUUAGUCGGGGCCAGUUUCCUCCAUUUACAGUCAGUCAAAGAGGCUUGUUGUGAUUUCCUGAAAAAGAGUUUACAUCCAACAAAUGUUUUGGGGAUCCGCUCUUUUGGGGACCAGUUUAUGUGUCAGUCGUUGGUGGAGUACACAAAUAAGUAUAUACAGAAACAUUUCAAGGAGGUCAUGGCUAUGGAAGAGUUCCUGAAUCUCAACAAAGGAGAGGUUAUGGAGAUUAUAUCUCGAGACGAACUCAAUGUUCACUCUGAGGAACAGGUUUUUGAAGCUUUUCUGUCUUGGAUUAAAAAAGAUGAAGAGAAGAGGCGAUCAGCCAUGCCAGAGUUAAUGGUGAAAGUGAGGCUGCCUCUACUGACCCCGCAGUAUUUAUCUGAUCGAGUGGCAACUGAAGAUUUGGUCAAAAAUUGUCUGAAAUGCAGGGAUUUGUUAGAUGAAGCAAAGGACUAUCACCUGAUGCCAGAGAGGCGGUCCCUGAUGCAGACCUUUAAGACACGUCCACGAUGCUGUACAGAUGUACCGGGGUUAAUCUACGCAGUAGGUGGACUGACAUCCUCAGGUGAUUCAAUGAGUACUGUGGAAUGUUACGACCCAAUCACAAACAUAUGGAACUCUGCGGAGGAUAUGAAGACCGUGAGGAGUAGGGUGGGCGUGGCUGUGCUAAAUGGUAGACUAUAUGCUAUUGGUGGAUUUGAUGGAGAAGAAAGGUUGAGCACAGUGGAAGUGUUUCACCAGGGCAACAAAAAGUGGAAAAAAGUGGCGUCAAUGAACUGUAAGAGGAGUGCCUUAGGAGCAGUAGCUUUGAACAGGAAGCUGUAUGUGUGCGGGGGAUAUGAUGGUGUCUCCUCUCUGAAGACAGUGGAAGUUUAUGAUCCAGAGAAAGAUUUAUGGACCCUUCUGUCCAAUAUGUUGAAGCACAGGAGUGCUGCUGGGGUGGCAUUCCUAGACGGAGAGAUAUAUGCUUGUGGAGGGCAUGAUGGUCUCUCUAUAUUUGAUUCGGUAGAAAAAUAUAAUACAGCCACAAACACCUGGAGUUAUGUCACACCAAUGUUAACAAAACGCUGUCGAUUAGGAGUUGUCUCCCUUAACGGGAAGUUGUAUGCAGCAGGUGGGUAUGAUGGUUCGGUAUUCCUAAAUACAGUUGAGUGCUAUGACCCAGUCAAAGACUGUUGGACCUACAUCACCUCCAUGAGGGUUAGGAGGAGCCGGGUAGCCUUGGUGGCCACUUACGGAAAACUUUAUGCCAUUGGGGGGUAUGAUGGACUGGCCAAUCUGAAUUCCGUAGAAAUGUAUGACCCAGAAAAGGACACCUGGAAGUUUGUGCAAAGUAUGUGCGCACAUGAGGGAGGGGUUGGUGUAGGAGUUGUACCGGUGGAAGUUGAUCUUGAUUCAUGAUUGAUGUAAUAUGUGCCAUGUUGUUUGUACAGUUCAUAUUCUGAGAUUAGUUGAUGCAUUUGUUUAAGCUUACUAUGUUAAAACUGAAAGUUUUGUUUAUUAUGACCUGUAUAUUAGAUGUAAAUAAAAGUUAAAAAUUGUGGUACAAAUUUAUUAAACAUUAAAUGGUUUAAAAUGGAAUUAGGUAGUUGAUCUUUUUCUCUGUUUUUGAGUGUGUGUUGCAGCUAAAACAGUGAACAGCAAACUAAAAAAAAAAAUUCUCCUACAUGUACAUAAAAUUUUGUAUAUGAGCGUAUGUUUAUUGUUCAAAUUAUGCAUUUAAUAUUUGAAAGCAUUUUUCUUGCUUAUUUACAACAUGUAAAUUUUAAACAUUCUCACUGUAAGACAUAAAAACUGGUAAGAGAUAUACAGCUGUAUAUGGUUACUUUUAAAAGAUCUUUAAUUGA